GUUCACCGACGGUAUUUUUAUUUACGUUUCGUUUAUCUGUUUUAAGACAGACAGAGGAAGACGGAUUUAGCAUCAGAAGCUACACGGUAUAAAAAAUCGUUAAAUAAUCCGUUGGCGUUUCGGUAAGAAGACGCCAUUUUCGUCUAGUCGUAGUGACAGUGACCGUUAACGUUAGUGAAAGCCUGAUUUUUUUUCUCCCAUUUUCGCUGAGCUGUCAAACUGCACAUCAGUGUCGGACUGAUUUGCCUAUUUUUUUUUAAGCGUACUAAAUUAGCUAAACAACAUUUCUGCGAGCCAAACGCAUCUAAGCUACACCCGGUCAUAGUCGCUAUGUUUAGCCCCGUGAAGUCUUCUUAUUUCAGAGUCAGUCCGGCCAUUGUCAACAGAGAACUCGGCAAAACCAAGAUGAGAUAGCAAGAGGGCACAUUACAGUGUCAACACACGAUUUACUACGAGAGCACAACUCAGAGAAAACGGAGAUAAUACCUCAGACAGCAUGUUUGGGAAUCUUUUCGAGGAAGAGGAGGAGGAUGGCUUCUCUUCGAGCACCUCCAGGGGGAGAGUUGUAAAGGGGGGAGACGAGCCACCUCCACCCCGAGGAAGAAGCAAUCUGUGCGGCAUCAAGAACCAGGGGGGCACCUGCUACCUCAACUCUCUGCUCCAGACCCUGCUGUUCACCCCAGAGUUCAGAGAGGAGCUGUUUAAGUUGGGGGCAGAUGAAUUAGGAUGCCUGGGAGACAAAGAGAAACCAGGGGCCAAAGUCAGAGUGAUCCCACUGGAGCUACAGAGACUGUUUUCCAGUCUGCUUCUGGUGGACCAGCAGAGCGCCUCUACUGCCGACCUCACUGACAGUUUUGGCUGGAACAGCAGUGAGGGAACAAACCAGCAUGAUGUGCAGGAGCUGAACAGGAUUCUGUUCAGUGCGUUGGAGCACUCCCUCGUGGGCACUACUGGUAGUACAUUUAUCCACCAGCUGUACCAUGGGACCAUUGUCAACAGCAUUGUCUGCAAAGAGUGUGGUAACAUCAGCCAGAGACAGGAGGACUUCCUGGACCUGACGGUGUGUGUUUGUGGCGUGUCUAGCCUGGAGGAGGCCUUGUGGAACAUGUUUGUGGAGGAAGAGAUGUUUGAGGGCAAUAACCUGUACCGCUGCGCACAGUGUGACAGGCUGGUCACUGCUGCCAAGUCCGCCAAGCUGAAGAAGCUCCCUCCAUUCAUGACUAUGUCUUUGCUGAGAUUCAGCUUUGACUUUGCCAAAUUAGAGCGAUACAAGGAGACGGGACGCUACAGUUUCCCCUUAAACAUCAACCUGCGGCCAUUUUGUGAAGAGACUGAUGGAGAGGACUCUGAUUACUCGUACGAGUUGUUCUCUGUGAUUAUCCACAAGGGUGGCUGCUAUGGCGGCCAUUACCAUGUUUAUAUUAGGGACAUUGACCAGCUUGGCCGAUGGGAGCCACCGGAGGAGGAAUGCAAACCCAAGACUCAGAGGAAAGUGAAGGAGGAGGUGAAGAAAAUGUGUGAGCCAAAAGUACAAGAAGACGAUCCUUUGUCUGUUCUCACUGCGAUUAUUGCCCAGGAGCCAUCAAAGAGUGUCCUGUUGGACCAGCUGGGACAGAAACUCAUGGACAAGAUUGGCUCAUCCUGGAGCAAAAAGUUUAGAAAACACUAUGGUCCCAUUGGAAAGUUCCUGCAGUCCCACAAUGAUGUUUUCAUGUUGGUGUCAAGCGGAACUCGAGUGGCACUGAAGGCAAACCCGCCAAGCCCUGUGGCUGAGACCCCCAGCCCAGCAGGGCAGACCGAUCCCUCAACACCUUUAGACCCUUCAGGAGCUGCUGAACAACAUGCAGGACUGGACCAGAAGUCAGAGCCUGAACAAGAGCAGGGUAGCCACUGGUUUGACCUGAACGACUCCACGGUGACCUCCAUCAGGGAGUCUGAUAUAGAGAAGCAGUUCCAGGGCAAAGAGAGCGCAUACAUGCUGUUCUACAGAAAAACACAGCUGCACAGGCCCAGUGAAGCUCUAAACAACCCCCAGUAUAAAGUUCCUCUUAACCUCCUCCAGAUGGCUCAGGACGAGAACAUCAGACUGCAGAACAUGCGGGAGGAGUUUGAAGCCACGAACAACACCAUCGAGCUGCGUCUCCACCUGGCCCCCUCUUAUAGGCUCGAAAAUGGAGCUCUGCAACCAAUCGCCAAAGAGCAGAAUGGGAGCACCGCUCUCAGUUUUGACCGUAGAAAGACUGUGGGAGAUCUCAGAUUAGCUAUUUAUCAGAUGCAGGAGCUCUGGGAGGGGGAUAUGGCUCUGACUGUGGCCAGGAGUCUUCCUGCAGGUUUACACCUCUACAGUACCCUCACAGAUGACAGUGUCUCCCUGUACAGUGCAGGUAUUUGUACAAACUCUGACCUGUUUGUGUGGAAUGGCAGAGAGGUGUGUGGUGCAACUGUCCUAACUGGAGCCGAGUGGGAGCCAGUGCUGCUAAAUGUAGUGAGACCCUUUUUGGGGGAAGACAGGGAUCAGGAGGAGAAGGAUGGGGUGAAGUGUGAAGAGGAAAUAGGAGGUUUUGAAAAUGGGGGACCAGGCCUUAAAAAGGAGGCGAGAGGGUUUGCAGGUGCUGCGACUCUUGUGGAGGUGAGGGAGGCACUGGGGGAGCCUGAGGAGAGUCUGUUGUGCCAGGAGCAUAAGGGAGGGAAGAGAGAAGAGCAGGGGGCAGGAGAGGGAGGAGGGGCAAGUGGAUGGAGGGUGUUCCCGCCUGAUGACAUGCAGCGGACGCUGAAGGAACUGUCGCUUAAAGACGGAGACGCGCUGUUGGUGCUUGAGCCACAGUCUUUCGACAGCAGCAUGUUCGCUCUAAACGGAGAUGUCGUCACCGUGACUACACCAUCUGACUGCCGCUGGCUCCAGGUGGAGUUUCGACCUCAUGGAGGAGGAGGAGAAGGGGAGAAAGAAGAGGAGAGAAGAAGGAUCAAGGUUCCAGCUACAGGAAAUAUGCUGCUGUGUGAGGUGAAACAGAGGGCCAUAGAGGAGCUGCAGCUACAGGAGCCAACCGCAGGUGCACAGUUUUGUCUGAGACAGGUGGACUGCACAGGGAAACUCCUUCCUCCAGUGUGUGAGGAGCUGAGUGUUCGGGACGCAGGCGUGCGACUCAUGACCACACUGACUCUGUGUCCGGGAAAUGCCCCCAAGGCAACACAGCUUUUCUUGCACUUCUCUGUGGGCACGGCGCCCUCUGCUGGCUUGGAGAUGGACAUCAUUGUGGAGGCAACUUGCACUGUCAAAGAGUGUCUAAAAGCAAUGCUGGAUGCCGUCGGACUUGAUGGCACCUGUUGGCACUUGAGGAGGCUCGAUUGGUGUGAGGAGGUUGGAGAGCCAAUUAUGGAUGAGGAUGCCUCUCUGUCAGAGCUGAAGAUAAACAAUGGAGAGACAUUAGUCGUCACAGAAGGACAACUUCCUCCAAAGGGUUUUCUCAAGUUAUCUGUGUGGCUGUGUCCAGAUCCCAGAAGCAACUCAGCAGUUUCUCUGGAUUUUAACCACACUGACAACAGCCACACUGAGGAGCAAAUGCAGGAGGUUGUGACUGCAGGCGAAACGCACAGUCACUCACCGCCUCUGUGUGCUGGCAACAUGGCGGAGCUGCGCAGUGCAGGACAAGUGGAGAUAUCAGAUGAAGCCACGCUGGAGGAUCUAAAAACUCAGGUGUUGACGCUGCCGGCCCUACAGGAUGUGUGUUUGCCAACCACUGCGUUCAUGCGUGUGUGGCAGCUUGAGGGAUGGAAGCUGGCACGAAUCCUCAGAGGACAGCAGCUCACACUCAAGAAGUUAAAGUUGACCAGUGGUACAGACCUUUGUGUGCAACAGCUGCUAAAAGAAGAGGAUCUUGGUCCUAAAGAUGUGAUGCUGAAUGUUAAAAUGGGAAUGCCAGGAGAGAGAUGUUUCUACCCUCCAGAGGAGCUGGUUUGGGAUGCAUCCCGUGACUCUUCCCCUCGUUCUCUCCGCACAUGUUUGGCUGCACAUUACGGCCUCUCCCCCGACUCUCUGCUGCUGGCCAAACACCAGCCGGACAAACACACCUGGGAGGAAAUCUCAAACUGGAGCCAACAGGUUUCCAAAAAGAAAAAGAAGAGAAAGGCAGAAUCACUACUAGGAGCACCAUUUCAUCUCAAAGAUGGCGACACAAUUGGCAUCAAGAAUCUUUUGAUUGAUAACAACAGGGACUUCCUCACCCCGGAGGACGAACGAGGCCAGCAGAGGCUCAGAGAGCAGGCAGAGGAACGCAGGAAAGGAGGGCAGGCUGCAGGCUCUGUUGUCGAUGGACCACAGAAGAAGACUGGACCAACCAAAUCCAGGAAACCAGAAGUAGCACUGUCGAUCAACGUUGGGGUGUUCAGAUAGCACCCUGCUCCCGUGGGUGUGUGGACAAAUCAGAACUACCUAUAAACCCACAUGUGCACACACACACAGAUGCCAAGUUUCAACGAUGACAAUCCACUCGACGUCAGUCUUGUGCCACUUUUUUGCUUUUUGUUUUUUACUGUAUUUCUCUACAAUUUUUUCAAACCUGACUGAAAACACUGACGUACCUCCUGUCUGAUUUGUGAAACAGAAGGAUUUUUUCUCUGGCACUUUGAUUUGCUGUUUUCUAAUAACUGACUGUGUUUUGCGUUUUGUCCAAAAUAAUGCAGUAUUCCUGAAUUAGUCAUUUUGCUCUCUUCCUAUACAAGCUCUUUCAAUAACCGCCACACAUGCCCUUUGUUCAAUUAUUAAUUGCCGUUUGCUUGCAUUUUUCUUGUGUGACCUUGAAGAAACCUUUUUUGUUGUUGCUGCAUGGAUCAGUAGCUAAUUUGUAACAUUAUUUUGAAAGUAUGAGCCCAGAGAAAAGAAUUUCUACUUUGAGUGUUUUUGGUGGCAGUUCUGUGCUGACGUUUGUGCAAACUGGAGUUUCUAUAUACAGUUUUAUACAAACUAUUGCAAUCAGGAUGCAAGCAUACUUGUAGCCACCGUCUUUGGCUUCAGUUUUUCACUUGUGUACAACGAGCCAUUAUAGUUAGGAAUCAACCACCAUUAGGUGUUGUCGCUCAUACAGUGUUUGAAGUGAUGGUCAUUAUUAUGAUAAACCUGUCACUGCGCAGAAAACAAAAACGUUUAUCUGGAUCAUGGGCUUGUUUUAGGUUGAUAAAGGAGAGGAGAGAUGGGCCUUAAUGUGGAGAAGCCUUGGUGCUGCUCUGUCCUCCCUACCUCGCUCUCUACCUCUCUCUUUCUACCUCUGCAGCCCUGUCUGUUUUUCCCCUCAAGUUCUUCAAAACUUUAUUUUCCUAACAUAAAGUCCCCGCUUUAUUAGAGUCAAGCACAGUGCAUUUUUCACUUAACUGUUAAAUAGAUUGACUGCCUUUGUGUGUUCCAGUCAUAUUCUAUAAAUGUAUUGGACAUUAUCACCCCCCUGUUUUAGAGGUGAAAAUUAAAGCGGACUGUCUUCACUUUCACCUCUAUCUUUAUGGAGCCAAACAUUUUGUUAUGUAAUUGUCGUUGGCACCAGAUGAAUUUGCUGCUCCAGAAAUGUACUGUAAAACACCACAGUUAAGAUCUUUUCUGCCACUUUCUCCUUGACUAUGUAAAUCGCUGUGGAAACAUUUAAUGUUUCAUUUGCAUACACUAUAUGUGAACUUCAGGGAAGUGAAAAUCAUUCUGAUGGAUCAUUUAUUUGAAGAAAAAGGUGACAAAAUAAUUUUGGCACUGUGUGAAUUGUGAUAUGUUUUUUGGAAGUGAAAUUUGAUUUGUUACAAAUAUUUUCGCAACGCUGCUUGCAGGUUUUGUUUCAUGUUUAAAAUCUGGCCUUAAUCAGUGCCAAGAGUUUGCAAGUAUAAAUUUAACUUUCUUCGUUUUUGACAAUAUACUCAGCAAUAGUGAGAUUUCAUUUUGCAUCAUUUACUAGUGUUAUUGAUUACAUCCUUGGUGUUAUUGAUCGCUCGCUGUGUUAUGGCAGUGGAUUUCUGUUUGUAUUGGUGUCAGAUUGAAUCUGCAGGAAAUAUUUUAUGAAUAAUAAAGGUAUACAGUAGCAACUGUCAGUCAUGUCAUUUUAAUUAGGCU